UAAUAAGCGUGUCAACUUCUUUCUGUAUCUUCCGGGCUGUAGAAAAAUCGGCUUCGAUUGCUUAAGUAUUUAAAUUUUCGAAGUAAUUAAAAACAGAAUGAGUUAGAUCUAAGUACCGGGUACGAACUUGGAUGCAAACUGUCCACCUAAUACAAGAAUUUAAUUCAGGUUUAUUAGAUUAAAUACGAAUUUAGUGUUUUAAAUAUUCGCGCUUUCAUGUAAAAGACGCGAAAAUGCCGAUUUUCCAAUAUGGCUCCCGCAUAAAGACCGCGUCGCCACACGCACAAGCACACGCACGUGCACUGACAAGGAACGAUAAUAAACACUAGUCAAUUUUAUAUUUGCAUUAACGAUCAUGAAGUCAAACACAGGUUUUUUAAAAGUGGAUAGAGAUAAUAGUGACAAUGAAGAUGAAAUCAACAUGAGUGACAGUGAUGAUAGCAUGAAUGAAUCAAGUGAUUCUGACAGUUCUGUUUCUGAUACUGACGAUGACAGCGAUGCUGAUAAUGCUACUGCAGGUUCUUCAGGACAGAAUGAAUCAGGGCCAUCUACUUCAAAAGGAGAAAAUAAUGAAAAUGAUGUAGAAGAAGAAGAAGAAGAUGAAGUGAUUAAAGCUAUUUUAAAGUCUAAAGAAAUUCACAGAGAUCACCCACCAACAAUAUCAAUAGAAGAUACUUUAUCGGAUAUUUGUUUUCACCCCACAAGAGAUAUUCUUGCAUUAGCAAGUAUCACAGGAGAUGUGCUUAUAUACAAAUAUAACAAUGAGCAGAAUGAAUUGGUUUCAACACAAGAACUACAUGAAAAAGCAUGCAGAGAUAUUGAGUUUAAUGAAGAUGGAGGUAUUUUAUUUUCAACUGGCAAAGAUAAAACAAUUAUGAUGAGUGAUGUUGCGACGGAGAAACUCAUACAAAUUUAUGAAAAUGCUCACGAACACCCAAUUUAUUGUUUGUCUCUAAUAGAUGAAAAUACUUUUGUUACUGGAGAUGAUGAAGGAUAUGUAAAAUUAUGGGAUCGAAGACAAAAAACAAACAAUCCUGUUUUCUCUUUAAAGGAAAUGGAUGACUUUGUAAGCGCAAUGGUAACAAAUGACGAUAAAAGAUAUUUAGUUUGCUCCAGUGGAGAUGGUACACUAACUACUUUAAAUAUAAGAGGAAAAAAAUUACAUGUUCGCACUGAAGACUAUCCUCAAGAACUACUGUGCCUUGGAUUAUUUAAACAUGGUAGAAAAAUUUUAGCUGCUGGUAGCAAAGGAAAUUUGUAUCUUUUCAAUUGGGGCGAGUUUGGUCUUCACUCAGAUGAAAUACCAAGUCUAACAAAAAAAUCAAUCAACUGUAUGAUUCCUAUAACGGAAAAUAUAGUGGUUACUGGGGGAGAAGACAAAAUGUUAAGGGCCACAAGCUUAUUUCCUAAUCGUCAACUUGGAAUUGUCGGUCAGCAUGAUAUGUCUGUAGAAUGUCUCGAUAUUUGUAAUGAUGGUACAAUAAUUGCUUCAUAUUCAUACGAUAAUAGUGUGAAAUUUUGGAAUGUCAGUUACUUUGAAACGUUAAAUGUGGCGCAGCCCUUAAUAAAGGGUGGAAAGCAGAAGCAAUUAAAACAUAAUUUACCUAGCAGUAAAUUAGAAAAUGCUUCAGACUUUUUUGCCGAUUUAUAAUUAAGCGCUGUACAUACAUUAUUUUAUUAAAUAUUAUAAGAUUUAUUUAAGAAAUAAAUUUGUAAAAUAUGUUUUCAGAAAUAAAAUAAUUUUUUAAUAUAAAAUUAA